AUGAUCACAGGCCGGGGAGGCUCGAGCGGUCGAGGCCGCAUUCGUCCUCCUCGCAGGCAACUUGCGCCGCAGUCUGGCAGCAACAAGAAUGAUUUCGAGCAAUUCUGGGCGAAACUCCGCGAAGCUCUACACGACAUUCACACCCAUAAUGCUGGAAAUCUCUCCUUUGAGCAGCUGUACCGUUACGCCUACAAGAUAGUCCUCAUGAAAGCCGGCUCCCAAUUGUACGAUCGCGUCACGGAAUUCGAAGGAAAAUGGUUUGCAGAACAAGUCAUGCCGCCCAUGUCGGCACUAAUCACAAAGAACCUCGUCAGCAUAACGCUCGAUGGUGCGCCUGGAAUUAGUGUGAUCGAGCGUCGUUCGCUAGGCGAGAAGUUCCUCAGAUUUGUUCGCACUUCUUGGGAGAAUCAUAAUAUGGCCAUGAACAUGAAUGCUGACAUCCUUAUGUAUCUCGAUCGAGGAUUCGGUGAAGAGCAUCGCCGGCCACCCAUAUACGCAACUACGAUCGGUCUAUUUCGAGAUAACAUACUACGUCGAAACCUUGGUGCAACUGGCUCCAACUACGAGGUCUUCGAUAUUCUAAACGCCACUAUCAUUGACCAGAUCAACAUGGAGAGGGAAGGUGAUGUUAUAGAUAAGGCUCUUUUGCGUAGUUGCGUGUCGAUGCUGGAGGGUUUGUUUGAGACAGAUGCAGAGGUUGAGUCUGAGCGCCUUUACUUAACCACCUUCGAACCAUACUUCUUGCGGACCAGUCAUGACUUUUAUCGCGUUGAAUGUGAGAGAUUGCUUCGCGAAACAGACGCGAGUAGUUGGCUCCGCCAAACCCAAAGACGAUUAGACGAAGAGGCAGCACGCUGCCAGACCACCAUCUCCCCCUUGUCGGCACAAAAAAUCGCCAGUGUUGUUGACGAGGAGCUUAUCAUGAAGCACUUGGAUGAGUUUUUGCAAUUGGAAGGCAGUGGUAUCCGAGCUAUGAUCGACAACGAUAGGCUUGAAGAUCUCAGGAUUCUUUUUUCCCUUGUAUCGCGGGUCGAUGAUAAGGUCACAAGUUUGCGAAACGCCCUAUCUCUUCGGGUUAUGGAGCUGGGCAGUGACAUCGAACAGAAUCUGAAUAAUACAGAUUUUAGUGUCGCUCAAGACGCCAGUGCAAAUGCCGGUGCAGAGCCUGCCGGCGAUGGAGAGAAAUCCAAGCCCAAGACUUUGAACGCUGCGGCUCAACUUACAGCGGCCGCUAUAAAGUGGGUAGACGACGUUCUUCAAUUGAAGGACAAAUUCGAUCAACUAUGGGCAGCAUGCUUCGAUCGGAAAGCUGUGAUAGAAACAGCUCUGACACGAAGUUUCUCGACCUUCAUCAAUAGAUUUGAGCGAGCACCCGAGUAUGUUUCGCUAUUUAUUGAUGACAAUCUCAAGCGUGGGCUCAAAGGCAAAACGGAAGCCGAAGUUGAUAUAGUGCUUGACAAGGCCAUUACUUUGCUCAAGCAUCUGGGUGAGAAAGACAAGUUUGAGUCGUACUAUCAGAAGCAUCUAGCCCGCCGGCUACUCCACGGCAAAUCAGAAAGUCAAGAAGUGGAGCAGGAAAUGAUCUCUCGCAUGAAGCGAGAAUUGGGAAAUAAUUUCACACAAAAGUUUGAGGGAAUGUUCAGAGAUAUGAAUACAUCUCGUGAGACUACCGAUCAGUACCGAAACCACGUCCGCGGCUUGGGCGAAGUAGAAGAGAAUCGGAUCGAUUUGAACAUCUCAGUCUUAGCUGGCAAUAACUGGCCCAGAGAAAUAAUGGGCCGAGCUACAGGUCUAUCAACUGAAACGAAAACCAAAGCUACAUAUCCGCCAGAGAUUCAACGGCUACAAAAGAGCUUUUUUGAAUUUUAUACUAAGAAUCGGAAUGGAAGGGUGCUGACUUGGCUUGGAAGUGCUGGUACAGCAGAUAUCAAAUGUAUCUUCCCGAAGGUCCCUGGCAAGACUUCUGGACCACUUUCUAAAGACAGGCGCUAUGAAAUUAAUGUCUCGACAUAUGGCAUGAUUGUGCUGAUGUUGUUCAACACCACGAAGAGUGAUGAAUGGCUAUCGUUCGAAGACAUAGAAGCCGCAACCAACAUUCCUCAGCCAGAUCUAAUCAACGUUCUUACGUCAUUGUCAGUAAUUAAGCAAUUUCGCAUACUCCUAAAGGAGCCACAGACGAAGUCCGCUGCCAAACCCGGUGACCGGUUUACAUUCAACGCUGAAUUCAUAAGCAAGGCAAUCAAAAUCAAGAUCCCAUCGGUCAACGCUGCCAACCGAGUUGAAAAUGAUGAGGAACGGCAAAAGACCGAUGAGAAGAACCUAGAAACAAGAAAACAUGUUGCCGAUUCAGUGAUUGUCCGUAUCAUGAAGCAACGUAAAGAGCUCACUCAUACUCAACUUGUGAACGAGGUCAUUCAAGUCUUGAGCAGCCGGUUCAAGCCUGAAAUGUCAUUGAUCAAGGGACAAAUCGAGUCCUUGAUUAGCCGAGAUUACCUUGAAAGAGACGAGCUUCCAGACGGCUCGCCUGCAGACAAGUACAAAUAUGUAGCUUAG